AUGGGUAUUAAAGGUUUGACCGCUUUGCUCUCCCAACACGCUCCCAAUGCCAUCAAGGAACAUGAAAUUAAAACUUUGUUUGGUCGAAAAGUUGCGAUAGAUGCCUCCAUGUCUAUCUACCAAUUCCUCAUCGCUGUUCGCCAAAGGGACGGCGAAAUGUUGCAGAACGAUGCUGGCGAGACGACGAGUCAUUUGAUGGGCUUUUUCUAUCGAACAAUCCGUAUAGUGGAAAAUGGAAUUAAACCAGCGUAUGUUUUCGAUGGAAAACCCCCGGAGAUGAAAAAGGGAGUGCUCUCCCAACGUUUUGCCAAACGUGAAGAAGCUAAAGCAGAAGGUGAAGAAGCGAAAGAAACUGGCACUGCAGAAGAUUUGGAUCGAUUUUCGCGUAGAACGGUCAAAGUGACGCGUGAGCAUAACGAAGAGUGUCGUCGUCUACUGAAACUCAUGGGUAUUCCUGUUGUUAUCGCCCCAUCGGAAGCCGAAGCCCAAUGUGCUGAACUUGCUCGUGGUGGAAAGGUUUACGCGGCAGGCUCAGAAGAUAUGGAUACCCUUACGUUCAACGCGCCUAUUCUUCUCCGCCAUCUCACUUUCUCAGAAGCCAAGAAACAACCUAUUAGUGAAAUCAAUCUUCAAGCUGCCUUGGAUGGUCUCGAAAUGAAUAUGGAUCAGUUUAUUGACCUAUGUAUACUUUUGGGUUGCGAUUAUCUUGAACCUAUAAAAGGUAUCGGCCCCAAGUCAGCGCUCAAACUUAUCAAAGAGCAUGGCAGCCUGAAAGCAGUUAUCAAACAUCUCCGGGAAAAGUCAGCGACCAAAAAGGCCGCUGAGGAUUCCGAGCCUGAAGAUGCUGCUUCGGAUGCGGAAGAGGCUGCCCCCACCUCGGAUGUCGAACUGCCUGACAAAGAUAGCGACGACGAAGAUUUCAAGGAGAAAGAAGAAGAAAAGGGGACCUCUGAUGAGGAAGCACCAAAAAAGAAAAAACUCGCCUCCAAGGCUAAAGUUGUACCCAGCAAAGGGAAAGGCAAGGGGAAAGGCAAAGGGGGAAUAACAGUGCCUGACGAAUGGCUAUGGGAAGAUGCCAAAAAAAUCUUUCAAAAACCCGACGUGCUACCUGCAGACCAGGUUGAGUUAGAAUGGAAAAACCCGGAUGUAGAUGGUCUCGUCGACUUCCUAGUGAAAGAAAAAGGCUUCAACGAGGAUCGUGUCCGCAAAGGCGCUGAGAAGCUCACCAAAUUCCUCAACAGUAAACAGCAAGGGCGUCUCGACGGCUUUUUCACAGUGAAACCCAAAGAGAAAGCUCCUCCUGCCAAAGGGAAAGAAAAGGGCAAAUCCGAUGCCAAAGGGAAGGGUACAAAGCGAAAGGGCGACGAAAAAGCUGAAAGUAGCGGUGUAAAGAAACCACGGAAAAAGUGA